AUGUGGCUGCUUCACUUGAUAGCCAGUGCUCUAUUCACGAGUACCUUCGCCUUGCGACCUCUACCAUGUCCCUUGCACAGGCAGCUUUUUGCUAGCUAUGAGAACCUCCAAGAUACCUUGGAGCACUUUCUGGGGUUCUAUGGUGGUUACAGCCAUGGAAGGGCGAAGGUGGUGUCCGAACAUAUUCGCCUCUUUCAACUUAAUUCCUUGGCACACGACUUCUUGGAAAUCUUGGAUUCGUUUCGUCUCUUUGCAUGCUUGAUCCUUUGUCCUUCAGCAUGUGCAGAUGGUGACAUGCACAUUGCAUUCUCUGAAAUACACUUGGUUGAAAAGCUCAAUAAUUUACAACUUGAUCUGGAAUUGCUUUUGGACGAGUCUUCGGAAGACUUCAAAGCAGCCUCUCAGCUGUACCUGCGCGAAGCCAAAAGUUAUGCUGCAAAUCUAAUGAUGGGAGGUCCAAAUCAAGCUGCCCAAGGCAUCGACUGGGAUGAAGCACAUGCAACCUGUGUGGCUCGCAUAGCUUCUCGAAUUUUGUUCCCAGCAAUGAGGGUUCUCUCUUGGCAAGCCAAGAACAAUGACAGUCAGAUCAUUCUCUCUGGUGUGACCUUUGAUGUCUCCAACCCUGCAGCAUCAUCAGCUUCCUACAUCUCUCCGCGGAGCGAUUUGGGAGAGCUCUCUUUCACACUGCUUAGGUCACUGGCAACAGCCGGAGCAGCCUUGCGUAUCUACCUGGGUCCGGGUGGGAAAGACGCCGCUGCAGGACAUAUUUGCCAUCCAGUUCUCUCGCCCUACUUGAGUCAAGACGGUGACACCUCGUCUGAGAGCGGUUGGCCAAGACGUUGGCGAUUCAAUGCCUGGGGCUCUGAAUCAACACCAAAGGUGGUACAACUGUUGGACGAGAUUGAAGCUACACACAUGGAGUUGUCACAUUCCUUUAUUGCCUUAAGACCUUCAGGAAGCGGAGCGAGCUGGGCUCAAAAUUUUAGCUGUACUGGCAAUGAUCUGCAGUAUGAUCCCAGUCUUUGUUUGGAGGUCUUAGGUUUUGGUGGUUACGUGUUCUCAGUGAACAUCCAUCCACCAUACAAGGGAGAAUUUCGACUGGCUGGACGCAGGUUGGGGGACGUCUCCCAGUCUGCUCCCAGCAACUAUUACGAUGUGUUGCACCCCUAUGGCGGUCACCAUUUCGAGACGGUUUCCAUCGAGCAUUUGUUCCAUCGGCUUGAUGUCGUAUGGCGGCAGUCGGCCGAACCCUCGCCAGAUUUGUUCUUUUUGCACCCUGCGACACACAAUUGCCACGCCAUCGAGUACCUCUUUUCCGGAGCACCACUGAAGCCAAAGAUAUUGCUGGUGCCCAUCAAUCCCAUCAUUCCACCACCUUUCGAAGUUAUUCCUCGCUUCGAGGCAUGGUGGCAUGUGAUGAGGCCACAGUUGCGCAAUACACCUCUUGCAAGGGGCUGGAUUCAGCAUGCUAUCGAGGACAUGGGGGGCGCUGGAAGUGAUUUUAUGGACCAAUACUUGACCUCGGCUAUGUGGCUUGGGCAAUGCUCACUUGCUGCAGUCAGCAAGAUGCUGGAGCGCAUGCAGGUCAAGAAGUUCCGCUACGUUUUGCAUCAUGUCUCUGGGGCCUAUGCGAUCUAUAUGCGGAAGGAUAUCCACAAAGCGCUUGCCAAAGACUCCUCCGAGUCAAGUUUCGCAAGUUGGCUGAGAGGAUGGUACUGCAUCCCGUCCAACCGCUUCUUUGCGAAACUGGAAUUGAUAGGAGGUCCCGAUGUGGCCCGCCUGGCUGACCCUUCGUUGUCACUGAGGGAAAAGGAGAAGAUUUUGUGUUACUUUCUGGACCGGCACAACAUCAUGGUCCAACAGCGGAACUUCGAUUGCCAACGGCAUUUCGCUCACUUGGAUCUUCCAGAGGAGAAUUGUGUCCGUCCAGACCAUCGAGGUUGGGGCAAUGACGCCGCCGCAUCCGAAAGUCUUCAAGAGUCGGUUGGGGCUUGUGAAGCCCAUUGUACUGCCAAUAGUUGCAACUACUGGACGUAUGAUCCAACAGCGGUGUAUGGUCAACCCCUUUGUUGGAUUUGGGUCGCCGGUCGGCCGGCUGAGAUCAAAUCAGAACGAGGCUGGAUUUCGGGUGAUGCGGACUGCCAAAAGGUGAAGGAGGAAAGUGCACUCCAAGAGAAUGUGCCGUCAGAGUUGCCACCUGAGGACGAUGAACCUCCGAUGGAGCUCGAUCCUGAACCUGGAGCGACAGCGGAAGCUGGAGCUCGUCCCAAGAGUGGAAGGGAGAUAUUCAAAGAAUGGGCAGUGAAGGUGACGAAGGAGAUUCCAGGCAUGCGAUACUUCCUGGAAUCCACUGACCGCGGCCGCUGUGUCAUCGGCUUUUGCGAGUGUUUUCCACCCUUUCGAGGCCCGUUGUGCGAUCAAGUGGACUCGAGUCCACAGGAUUCCCAACGAAACUACUCUGCAGUACUCCACUACCUCACCUCGGAUGACAACAUUGACAUUGCUGACAUUCAGCACAGCUUGCCGCGUCUUUGGCGGCGCUUCAAUCGUCGAUUUGAUUAUCCAGUGGUCAUUUUUCAUGAUGGGCUUUCAGACCUACAUCGUCAGCAGGUGGUCAAUGCCUCCAAAAAUCGGAUUUGGUUUGCCUACGUGGAGGACUAUCUGAAGGUACCGGAGUUUAUCACCGAAGAUCCAAGUCGCAAGGCUGCUGUAGAGGAUAUCAAAUGGUCCUUGGGCUAUCGAGGCAUGUGUCGAUUCAGGAGCGGCACGAUCUUCUUGCAGCCGGUUCUCAAGAAGUUCCAAUAUGCAAUGACGCUGGAUACCGACGGAUAUUUUCCCGCGGAAGUGAGCUCCGAUCCCAUUGCUGCAAUGCAUCAAGGAGGCUAUGUUUACACUUGGUCGCACUUGCUACCUGACCUGCCAGGUGCAGUGAGACAUUUUUGGGAGCAUUCACUCAUGUACAUGAAGAUGAAAGGCAUUGAUCCACGAGGAACUCCCAUCCUGCGUCAGUUCGUUCGAGAAGAUGACUUGCAGUGGACGUACCAACUGUACAUGAAUGACAUCGAAAUUGUGCAAUUGGAUUGGUUCCGGUCAGACCCCUACCAGGACUACUUCCGAUAUUUGGAUUCGACAGGCGGCUUUUGGUUGCAUCGCUGGGGCGAUCAUGCGGUUCGAACUAUUGCUGUGGGUAUGUGGUUGCCAGAGGAUAAGGUCUUUGAGAUGGACGUGCCAUACGGACAUCAAAACUAUUGCAGAUGCAGUGGGGCGCAUCCCCACCUCUCUUGUGUUCGCGAGGAAGACGUUGGCGGCGUGCCAGGCAAGUGGUGGAUUUGUGCCGGGGAGGACGCGCUGGAUGAUUCCUAA